AAAAAAAGCAAAAAUCCUGCCUGGUUGUAAUUGGUACUGUUCCCUGUACAGUUGGCUUCACCAGACACCACUGUGGAUUCUUUGCGCAUUCUUUUCCAUCUCUCUAGGGUUUCAGUCUGUCUCUGCAAUUCCUUCAAUACAGUGUGGUUCUUGGAGCAGUAGUCAUGAAUACCGACAAGGAAGCCUUUCUCAGGGAGUUCGGGAACGAUUACGGAUACCCCAGUGCUCCCUUCAACAUCGACCAAAUCAGAGCCUCUCAAUUCAAGCGGUUGGAUGGUCUUGUAUACUUGGACCAUGCUGGAUCAACAUUGUACUCUGAGUCACAGAUGGAAGCAGUCCUUAAUGAUCUAACUACUAGUGUUUAUGGAAAUCCUCAUAGCCAAAGCGACACCAGUUUGGCCACUUGUGACAUUGUAAGAGAAGCCCGCCAGCAGGUCCUUGAUCACUGUAAUGCAUCCCCAAAAGAUUACAAAUGCAUAUUCACUUCAGGGGCAACAGCAGCAUUGAAGCUGGUAGGAGAGGCCUUUCCAUGGAGCAGUGAGAGCAAUUUUAUGUACACGAUGGAGAAUCAUAACAGCGUCCUUGGGAUCAGAGAAUAUGCUCUCGAUCGAGGAGCUUCAGCUUUUGCAAUAGAUAUUGAAGAGGCUGGGCAUCAUGGUGGAGUCUCCAGAAGCACUUCAUCUUCUAUUAAAGUGUCACCACACCCUAUACAAAGGAGAAACCAAGCAAGAUUCCCAGGAGAAGCGCCUACAGGUUACGCCCAUAACUUAUUUGCAUUUCCGUCAGAGUGCAAUUUCUCUGGUGUAAGAUUCAGUCUCGACUUGGUGAAGAUUAUCAAGGAAGAUGCUGAGAGAAUUUUGACUGGCCCUCCAUUCUGCAAGGGUUGCUGGAUGGUCUUGAUUGAUGCUGCAAAAGGAUGUGCAACAAAACCACCUGAUUUGUCGAAGUAUCCUGCAGAUUUUGUUGUCAUCUCAUUCUAUAAGCUAUUUGGUUAUCCGACGGGACUUGGCGCUCUCAUUGUUCGAAAUGAAGCUGCCAAGUUGUUGAAGAAGACCUAUUUUAGCGGAGGUACGGUGGCAGCCUCCAUUGCUGAUAUUGACUUUGUUAAAAGAAGAAAUGACAUUGAGGAGCUGUUUGAGGAUGGCACCGCAUCAUUCCUAAGUAUAGCAUCUAUUCGACAUGGGUUCAAAUUACUCAACACUAUAACUAUUUCUGCAAUAUCACGGGAGAAAGGGGAGAGCAGACUGUGCAGCUGGCAGCACUGAAAAGGGGCUGUGAGUGUGUCAGAGCAAGGCAGUGUUGGGGGGAGUCCAACUGUAGGUGGAAGAGACCUCGCAGAUGAGGUGUCCCUGAGGGGAGAUCAGAGUGUGGCUGGGUAUGGGCACAAGGUUUUGGGUCAACAGGCAGUGGUUGAGGCCCAGUCCUUGCAAAUCUUUUCAGGUAAUGAGGCCCAGGUGUUUAGAGGCCCUGUGGAGGGGGCA